UACUUUCUUUCAGCAUCUUCUAAAGGAGUAGUCCAACUUUCUUACAAUGUCCACUUCGAUAUAAUACACUGAAUGCGACUCUGAUCUCAGUCCAAACAAUGGAGAGGAGUCAACGAUAUAGCGGCCGAGGAGGCCAGGGACCGAGAAGUAAUCAAUUUUCCCGCUCUUCGUCUUCUUGGAAGGAACACCGAUCGAGACAUCAAGUUAUUGCCAGCCCUUCAAACCCUAAUCCUCAAUCUAAUUCUGGUAGUGAUAAUUACGGAAACAACAUCAGCAAUCGCGAAGAAGAAUUGACCAUUCCUUCUGAAAUCAAUUCCAGAAGAAAAAUUAACCAGCAGGUCAGUCAUUCAGGAGAGGAAGAAUCUCUUGUUGACGGAACCUCCAUAGUUGGUACAUGCCUUUUCAUGUGCCCAGUUGAGGAAAGGCAACAAAGGGAAAGACUAAGAGAUUUAUCUUUAUUUGAGAGGCUCGAUGGUGAUCCCAGAAAGACAUCCACUAGUCUUGCCGUUAAAAAGUUUUGCAGAACGAUAUCAUCUAAACAUGUUAAAGCUUCGGAUGUGCGGCCCAUCCAUGUGUUGGAAGAGACUCUAAAUUAUCUUUUGAAGUUGUUGGAUUCAAAAGAACAUCCUUUUGAAGUGGUUCAUGACUUCAUAUUUGACAGAACAAGGUCCAUAAGGCAAGAUCUUACUAUGCAAAAUAUUGUUAAUGACCAAGUCAUCAAGAUGUAUGAGAAAAUGGUAAGAUUUCACAUUGCAUCGAGCCACAAGCUUCACAAUUCCGGAGAUAAUCCAGAAAUCUCUUCAAUGUGUUACCUCAACAUGGAACAACUUAUGAAAGUUCUUGCAUCUCUAUAUCAUCUGUAUGAAGAAAACAGAAAAUUACAGUAUUGUUAUAGUCAUGAACCUGAAUUCUAUUCAUUUUAUGUGCUGCUUCAUCUUGAUCCUUCCCAAAAGCCAGAGGUGGAGUCGUUGUCUUUAUGGUUUCGUCGCAUACCUUCUCCAAUCAUAAAAUCAAAAGAAAUGUGUUUUGCACGUAAGGUUUUAAGAUACUACCGUUUGGGCUAUUAUAAACAGUUUAUUUCUACUGUAGCAGCUGAGGCAUCUGAUAUGCAAUGUUACAUAAUUGAACCUUCCAUCCACCAGGCUCGGUUAUUAGCGUUGUGUUGUGUAAAUUACGGAGGCUAUAAGCUUCAUCCCUAUCCACUUGCAGACCUAUCGAAAAUAGUGAUGAUGAAGAAAACAGAUGCUGAAUGUCUUUGCAAACAUUGUGGCCUUUUGAUUUCCUCGGAUGAGGGAAAUAGUUUCUUGCCCACCAAGCAAGACGGUUUUUGCAUUGCCAAAGGAUGGUCACAAUACUACUGUCUGGUGGAUGCUUAAUCAUAUUUGCAAGGUGAUUGCCUUUUCACUUUUCUAUGUUGUCAUAUUAAAAAUAAUAAUAAUAAUUCCUUGUAUUAAAGAUGAAAAAUUCACUGUUAUGCAACCUUUGCAUCCUCUAAAAAACAGAUGAAUUCACUUCAAAAAUGUAUUUUGUAAUGACUUGUUACAAUACAAACAGUGAAAUAAACCAAAAGAAAAGAUCUAGACAUCAGGCCUUUUAUCCUCCAAGAAUGAAGGUUGUGAUCAAGUAACAAUAAAUUAUAAUACACCAAAGCUCUGUCUGACUAAUAAACCAACUUAAACAGUGUUUCUUUGACCACUUUGUCUGAAUCAAUUUCAAGCCAGUGGUCACUAAACUCAUUUAUCCUUGUCUUUCUUCUCUUACCGAUUUAGGCCUUGUUUGAUGUAGAUUAUUUGGAUUGAAUUCAAAUAAAUUAGUUGUCUUUGUGUAACUAGACAUUAGACACAUAACUUAUGGCUGAAUUUCCAGAUCUGGUUGUUGGCGAGAUCUACUUCCCAUAUUAGAAAUAAUUUGCUUCACAGAUUUGGCUCUGAGCUAGGGAGAUGUGGUUGUUUGUUGUUCAUGUUGUAUAGAAGGCUUCUAUGGAGAUUUCAUUCAAGAUAUGAUUUUACUUUCUCUCAGAUCCUUAUAUGUUAAAGAUAAUUUAGAACUCAAAUUGAAGGAAGAAAUUAUUGGCCAAACCGAUUGUGAAUUGAUUGAGAUUCCAUCUUUUUUUUUUCCAAUAUGCUUAAAUGUUUUGUGUUUAGUCGUGAUUGUUUGCUUUUCAAUUUUAUACAACUUUGACCAAAAAAAUUGACAAAGAAAAGAAAGACCACAAUAUCCCCCAAUCAGAUUUGCUUACACUAUUAUGUACAACCUUAUUUAGUUUUAGAUGACUUUUUUGGGUCUAAUAUUCUGUCUUUGGAAAUGUAUUAUUUUUUUUUGUUACCAGGUGUUUGGACCAGCUUAUGUUCACCUCAACUAAUUGGGUAAGAGGCUACAACAACCAACCUCAACUAAUAACAUCCGGUGUUUUCAUUGAAAUCGAACUUCCGAGUUAUUCCCAUUAUAAAUGUAUAACUAUUUUUUGGUGCACCGCCAUUGAUCUUAAUCUUUAAACUUAUGAUUGUAGUUUGUACAAUAUAUGCUCACAACAAUACUAUUAUUUGUUAUGUAUUCUUAAGCCAGUAGGAUGUUUAUUGUGUUUAGGGUUUUAUAAUACAAAUGUAAUCAACCUAUUCAGUGACAGGAAUGAAAUAGUUGAUAUUUGGG